UUCCGCUUGGGAGACGUGGCUCGGGCCCGCCAUCUUGUGUGGCAGCCUCGGCAGGAGAGCCGGACGGGCAACCAGACGCCGCCGCCGCCGCCGCCGCCAUGGUGCUCUUGGCUGCUGCCGUCUGCACAAAAGCCGGGAAGGCGAUUGUCUCACGCCAGUUUGUGGAGAUGACCCGGACUCGUAUUGAGGGGCUCCUGGCAGCCUUCCCCAAGCUCAUGAACACUGGGAAGCAGCACACGUUUGUGGAGACGGAGAGCGUGCGGUAUGUCUACCAGCCAAUGGAGAAGCUGUACAUGGUGCUGAUCACCACCAAAAACAGCAACAUCCUGGAGGACCUUGAAACUCUCCGGCUCUUCUCUCGAGUGAUCCCUGAGUACUGUAGAGCACUGGAAGAGAAUGAAAUCUCUGAACAUUGCUUUGAUCUAAUAUUCGCCUUUGAUGAGAUUGUUGCACUUGGCUACCGGGAGAACGUCAACCUGGCCCAGAUCCGCACUUUUACAGAGAUGGACUCUCACGAGGAGAAAGUCUUCAGAGCUGUCCGUGAGACACAAGAGCGUGAGGCCAAGGCUGAGAUGCGCCGGAAAGCCAAGGAGCUGCAGCAAGCGCGCAGGGAUGCUGAGCGCCGGGGCACCAAAGCACCGGGCUUCGGUGGCUUUGGCAGCUCAGCUGUGUCGGGAGGAACCACGGCUGCCAUGAUCACUGAAACCAUCAUUGAGACCGAGAAGCCCAAAGUGACUCCAUUACCAACCAGGCCGUCUGGUUCAAACAAGGCACUCAAACUUGGCGCAAAGGGGAAAGAAGUGGACAAUUUUGUGGAUAAGCUAAAGUCUGAAGGAGAAAAUAUUGUUUCCUCUUCUGCCGGCAAGCGUUCCUCGGAUGCCGCCACCAUUCUCGCUCCGCCCAUUAACAUGGAGAGCGUGCACAUGAAGAUAGAGGAGAAGAUCUCGCUGACCUGUGGCCGGGACGGGGGGCUGCAGAACAUGGAGCUGCAUGGCAUGAUCAUGCUGCGCGUCUUGGAGGAAAAGUUUGCCCGGAUCCGCAUCCACAUCGAGAACGAGGACAAGAAGGGGGUGCAGCUCCAGACUCACCCCAAUGUUGAUAAGAAGCUUUUUACAUCGGAGUCUCUGAUUGGCCUGAAGAAUCCAGAGAAGUCUUUUCCCAUCAAUAGCGAUGUGGGUGUGCUGAAAUGGCGGCUGCAGACUACAGAGGAAUCUUUCAUUCCAUUGACAAUUAAUUGCUGGCCGUCGGAGAGCGGCAGCGGCUGUGAUGUCAACAUCGAGUACGAGCUGCAGGAGGAGGGCCUAGAGUUAAAUGACGUGGCGAUCGCCAUCCCCUUGCCGCCUGGCGUGGGGGCUCCCGUGAUCGGGGAGAUCGAUGGGGAAUAUCGCCACGACAGCCGGAGAAACCUCCUGGAGUGGUGCUUGCCUGUGAUCGAUGCCAAAAACAAGAGCGGCAGCCUGGAGUUCAGCAUUGCCGGGCAGCCGAACGACUUCUUCCCCGUCCAUGUCUCCUUCGUGUCCAAGAAGAACUAUUGCAACAUCCAGGUUAUCAAAGUGACCCAGGUCGAUGGGAACAGCCCUGUCAGGUUCUCUACAGAGACCACCUUCCUCGUGGACAAGUACGAGAUCCUGUAGCCCCCACUGCAGAGAAGCGGCAAGCAAGACUGAGGCCGUGGCCUCUUGGGACAGGGCUGCAGCCUUUCUGCAUCCGGGGAUACUGACAUGUUAGUUCGCCCACCGACAUUUCCGAGGUCACAGCCAUUCCGGCAGGGAGAGACUGCUUGCUUCUCUGGCACAGCCGGGCCCGACCAGGCAGCCGCCACCGCCACCUCCCAUCUUCUUAGGCACGCUCCUUCUGUGCUUUAAUUCACAGUGGGUGCCUCCCUCCUCUCCCCUCCCCCCUCCCUCCUCCCCCCCACAAGCAGACACACACUCCCCCACCCAGGGCAUCCUCCUUGUUAAUGGCCACUUAUUUUGAGGGGUGGGGUGGUGGCUCUUGCACCCAGCAUCAGUCAGGGGAGACCAGCUGGGAUCCCUAGCAAGCUCUAGUGCAGCAGGGAAGCGCCCGCCCGCCCCUUUGCCAAUGCAUCUGGCGCCCUGGGUGGGUGUUCUGCGGGGGAAGCCUCCGUGCUUGUGCAGCUCCUUUCUGGCCUGGUCCGGCUCUGGGCUCUUGCCCGAAGGCGCCUCCUUUCUGCCCUUGAAGCUGCUGCCCACCCAGAGGAGCACCUGACGACUGUCUCCGGCCCUUCCUGCCUGGGGGAGUCCCUUGAAAUCCCCAUCACUGGAGAGGGAUAGAAGUAGCCUUUGGCAUGUGCCAGUUGUGCCCACCUGCUAAAGAAGUCACCAGCCUCUCCCACAUUGCCUCAUCGCUGGCGUGGCCCUUUCCAAAGUGUCCUGUGGAUGGGGUGGGGGGGCGAGCCCUGUACCGUAGCUAGUAGUUUGCUGAUCUCAGCUGUGUUCGAGAGUUGUCUGUCUGGUUUUUAAAAUGGAGUUAAGUUUAGUUCCAACAUCAAAUGAGUUUUUUCUCCCCUUUAAAUUACAUUUGGAGAGGGGGCGAUAUUUAAAUAAGGUUUUGUAACCCUGUAAAAUAAUGAGCUAGGGUCUAUAACACAUUCCAGUGUACACAAAGAACCCCCCUGCCCCAGAAUCCAAUAAAGAGUAUUCUAAAAGGA